AUGAACUACAGCAGAACUGAAAGAAGAAAGUCAAUGGCGGAGCGUAGACCUAGCACUACAUACACUCCUCCUGUCAUUCCACACUUGGCGGGGUUAGAGAAGCCCCAGGAUCAGUUCCUCAAAAUUGAUCAAUGUGAUGUUUUAAUUAUCGGCACUGGUCUCCAGGAGAGUAUGUUGGCUGCCGCAUUGUCAUGGCAGGGCACACAGGUGCUCCAUAUUGAUAACAAGGCAUACUACGGGGAUUCAACCUCAACCAUGACUAUUGAACAAUUGAAGAAGUGGUGUGCUGACGUCAACCAGGGUAAAAUUCCACACUUUCAAGAUGCCCAAAUUUACAUUCCAGGUGGUAAGUUGAACAAUCAGUUUAACUCAAGGGAUUAUGGCAUUGACUUGACGCCCAAGAUUAUGUUUUGCCAGUCAGAUUUGUUGACCUUGUUGGUGAAGUCACGUGUCUACCGUUACCUAGAGUUCCAAUCUUUAUCCAAUUUCCACGUAUUUGAAAAUGACGACUUUCAGCAAAAGGUCAAUGCUACAACCAAACAGGAUAUAUUCACCGACAAGUCCUUGUCGCUCAUCACAAAGAGAUAUUUGAUGAAAUUUUUGAAGUUUAUUUUAUUGGAUUCAGACUACAAGCAAAAGGUAAAGCCAUAUGCAAAUGAACCUAUUCAGAAGUUUUUGAGAGAGGAGUUUAAACUUGAGGAUCCUCAAAUAAAUGAAUUGGUGUUCUCGAUUGGAUUAAGUUACAAAGAGGAUAUUAGUACAAAGGAGGCGCUCAUUAAAAUCAAACGAUUUUUGUCGUCCUUUGACGUCUAUGGUAAAUUCCCUUGCAUGGUGUCAAAAUUCGGAGGUCCGGGCGAGUUGGCUCAAGGCUUUUGUCGUAGUGCAGCAGUUGCAGGUACAACUUAUAAAUUAAACACAAGUUUGGUUGAUUUUGACCCCAUGUCGAAAAUAGCUCAUUUUGACGAUGGCUCGCAUAUAAAGAUCAAUGAAAAGGUUAUUAUUUCGCCCACUCAGUUGCCCAAGUUCCUACAAUCAAGCUACAAUCAAGUCACCGAGGGGUUGCAGCCACAUUUUGUUACAAGGUUGGUCACAGUAGUACGCCGCGACUGCAAAGAAUGGAUAUCGCAAAAUGAGUCACUGGCUAUUGUGGUGUUCCCUCCUCAUUCCUUGCCCACUGCGAAUGAAUAUUCGGUCCAAGUGAUGAUACAGAAUGGCGCUUCAGGCGUUUGUCCCGAGGGCCAAUCUAUAUGGUUCAGUCAAACGGUUGAACAGGACUUGAGUCGUGCUAAGCGCGAUUUAGAGUCGGCAUAUUCCAAAAUGGAGUCGUCGUUGUUGAGGGAGUCUUCAAACGACAUUGAUGGGAUUCUAGACGAAACGGACUUUGUCGUUAACCAAGAAGGAACCCCAGUUUUGGCAAACUCCUUCAAAUUGGGUUCUCACUUGCAAAACUUUCUUCCCCAAGAAAAAUUAGAAGUUGUUUGUAAGAUGGGGUAUGUUGAAAAAACGUACAUUGCCAAUGACUUGUCAAACAUAUUUAAGCCAAGCCAGGAAAACAAUAUCGUUUACAGAGACACUCCUGACGCGCAAGAUCAAAUAUUCUUUACAAACACCCCGAGCGCUGAAUUGUCAUAUGAUGGAGUUAUAACGGACGUGAAGUCCUUAUACCAGAGAGUAACAGGAACCACGGACGAUUUUUUUGAUGUUGAUUUUGAAGACGAGGAAGAUGAGUACGAUCGAAACAAUCAGCCAGUCAUACCACCCAAGAGGUCGUCUGUUAUUGGAGGUAUUGUUGGAGGCGGGUCUGGAACUAGCUUGGCGGCUUUACGUGAACAACACGAUGAGAGUAUCAGCGAUAAUGCGAUCGACAGUGACGAAGACAUGGACGACAGCCAUGCUCCAUUUGGUGCAGAAGAAAUGGAGUUGUGA